ACUCCCGCCCCCCUCCCUCCGCUGCUUGCUGCUUCACGGUCCGCGGCCCCGCUGCGCCCUGAUGCCGAUCGGCCAGUGCCCUCUCCCGUCUUGACCAGCCCACGCGCCCAUUCCUCCUGCCGCCCCCUGCAUCUGCCCGCCCCCCUUCGCGGCUGCCCCAUAUGCGCGUUACCGCCGACAUGGGCACCCCCCGGUCGAUCGGCAGCGCCACCGGCCAUGGCAAUGCCACAGGAAGCCCUCCGGCAGCGGCGCCGAGCCCGGCCCCGGCGGCCCCCGGCCCCGGCAUCGCCCUGACCCCGGCCAAUGCGCACGAGCUGAUGGGCAUGCUCAAGCGGGUCCUCAUGAGCCUGACCAAGGUGGUCCUGUCGCGGAUGUUGACCCUCUUCAAUUUGCCCCGCUCCGGCAUCAAGUCCCUCCUGGUCAGCCGCCUGACCAGCUACUUCAAUGGCCUCCCCCAGCCGUACAACGCCAUGAACCUCAUCAUCCACGAGUGCCCGGAGGUCAUCCCGCUGCUCAAUGCCGGCAACCGGCCGACGUCCGGCAGCGCCGGCCAGCGCUCCCCUCCCACCCGCUACCGGACGCUGGCCGGCCACGGGCCGACGCACACCUCCCCGGCGGGGGCGGCAGCGGCCAUGGCCGCCGGCGACCGGUCCCUUCCCUUUGGGAAUUUCGCCCAGCCGCCGCGCCUGGCUCCCUCGGCCCAGGUGACCAAGCUGAUCCACUAUUCGCUGGCCCUGCACCGGUCCUUCCAUGAGCGGCUGCAAAGUCUCCCGAGCACGGUGCAAGCGGAGGCCGCCUCCAAUGGCGGGCACAUCUUCCCCUCCGGCCCGGACACCGCGGCCAUCACCCAGCGGGCCAGGCAGCUCAACAGCGACUCGUCCCAGAUGGACCAAUUCCGCUGCCGGGCCCUUCUCCCCACGACGCUGAUGACCUCCCCGACCGGGACGAUCACCGUCAACAUCGACCUCUCCCUGGCAGAUCUCGCAGAUCUGACCCACAAAUCGAAAUCCCCUCGGCAAUUUCAAGUCGGCUUUAUAGUCCAGCCGGAGCUCGGCCGCGGCGGCAGCAUGCCCCCCUUCGGGUAUCUGCGGAUACUGGCCGCCAACAAGUUGAUCCACUCGCACCGGUUCUCCACCUCCUUCUAUGACAUCUCCGACCCGCUGAUCGACUUGACGCCGGCCCUGAUGCCGAUGCUCCAGGCGCACGCGCGCGACAACCUCCCCUGCUCGCUGCAGCUGCUCGUCCUUUCCGCCGUGCCGGUCCCCUUUGUCCUGGUGCCGGUCAUCCUGUCCCGGCCGCUGUCCAUGGAGACAUCCAUCAGCCGUGUGGUCAUCCAGUCUGACCAGCUGAUCCAGGUGUAUCGCGAGCGCGAGGCCCAGCGCGAGGCCGCGGCGAAGGCCGCCGCCGCGGCCGAUGGCGACGACGAUGGCUUCGUCAUCGAGGCGGCCAGCACGCGCGUGGCCCUGCGCGACACCGCGCUGAGUCUCAUGCGGCUCACGCGGCCCGUGCGAUCGCUCAACUGCCGCCACGCGCAGUGCUUCGAGCUGACGGCCUAUCUGGAGGUCUCCUUCCACACUGCCAAGUGGGAGUGUCCCCUGUGCGGCAACAGCGCCCCCAUCGACACGCUUUUCAUCGAUCCGCUCUAUGUCCGCAUUCUGUCCGAGGUCCCGGCCGAUGUGGACUACGUCCUGCUCGAGCCGGACGGCUCCUGGCGUCUCGAGGGCCACACCCCGGCGUCCAAUCCCCCCAGCGCCAGUGCCAGCGCCAGUCGCUCGCAGGUGUCCUCCCCGGCCAAGCGCCCCCGGCUGGAUGGCAACUCGCUCGAGCUGGCCGAGCUGGCCGAGCUGGCCGAGCUCUGGUCCGACUCCGAGGGCCUGCUGGGCAAUGAGGGCUCGGCCACGCCCACGCCGGCCACCGGGUCGGCGUCAAUCCUGUCGCCCGCGCCUCCCGGGCCGCCGGAGGCGGCCGGCGCCGCCGAUGUCAUCGAUCUCACCCUCAGCGAUGACGAUGUGCCGCCGCCGUCUCUCGGCGUUCCCCCAGCCAGCCACCACCACCACCAGCAGCCGCAGCAGCCGCAGCCGCCGCCGCAGCAGCCGCCGCCGCAGCAGCCGCCCCUGUUGGUCCCCACCAAGCGCUCUUACUCGCAAACCAACCUCCACACCCGGGAUGGCGGCUCCUCCAGCCACAUCAACCAUUCGUCGCCCUUCUCCUCCAGCACGUCGCUGCCCUCGCUUGUGUCCUCCUCCGGACCAACGCCCAGCCACUCCGGCGGCUUCGGUGGCUCCGGAAGUUCCAAUGGGUCCGGGAAUUCCAGCGGCUCCGGCGGGCCGGCCACCAGCCACCCCCCCGGCGGGUGGUACAACCCCUCGGCCUUCGGGCCCGGGUCCUAUGACUCCGACAAUGCCAGCAUCCUCAAUGACAUGUCGGUUCGGGACUUCAUCUCCUCGAUCAGUCUCCCUGCCUCCCUCGCUUCACAUUCCCCCAGCGACUUCGGUCACGCCCAUGACACCCACCCGGCGGGCCCCGCUGGUGGACAACCGGUGCCGCAGUCGCAGUCGCAGUCGCAGUCGCAGUCGCAGUCGCAGUCGCAGUCGCAGUCGCAGUCGCAGUCGCAGUCGCAGUCGCAGCCGCAGCCGCCGCCGCCGCAGCAGCAGCCCCCGUCACAAAUGCAGCCACGGCACCAUCCGCCACACCGCUCUUUCGCCGCACCAGCCAACGGCAGCCGGUCGCCCUUUGCCCCGGCCCCGGCCCCGGCCCCGGCCCCGGCCACAGCUAGGCCCGCACAACUGCGCAUCCCCCAUCUGUUUGACGCGUCAUCCCCGGCCGGCCCGAUGGAGGUCGAUGAUCUGCCACCAGUACCGCGGCAGCCCCCACAGGCGGCCGGGCCGCGCGCCAACGCCGGGCCCCCGCACGCGCUCCACAUCCCGCACAUCCACCCGCGGGUGGCUGAUUGA